AUCGUGAUUUCAUCUUGAAAGUUUUGAGAGCUGCUUCCCGUAUAACGCUGGAAGGUGUACGGCUGCGUUGCGAUGCAUCGCUUGGAUCAUUAAACAGACCGCUCUAUUGAACCGCAUUUUCGAAACGUGCUGCUCGGACACCCAUGGCCAUUUCCGUUCGAGUUUGCUUAUGGAUCCGCUGGUUGCUACAAUGAACGGUUCGCCACAGCGGGUCUCCCGUUUGUGGCUGAACGUCCUUGAGGCGAAGAUAAGGCGAAGCCUCGGCAGCGAACCGGUACAAGCACCAUCGCCAUGGGUACCGCAGUGAGACCAGGCUCAGUCUACUACUUGGAUCCAGCACAAGUCAAAAUGCAAGAGGCUGUCGGUGGCAUAAAGUGCGUGCCCGUCGAGGGCUACUCCGGGCGUUCGAGGAAGUCGGUGUACCGAAUGGCUCCUUCGUCACUGCAGCCCGGUCGCGUCCUGCAACCCGUGUCCGGGAUGACCUUCCCCGGUGGCCUGCAGUGCGACAGUUGCCUGCCGCAACGCCGCCUGCAGCAGGCCUCCUCAGAAGACGCCAGGUACGGCACAGUGGUAGGCGCAAACGAGCCGCAGAUCUUGCGUCUCGUGCCCCAGGGUAAAAACGUGUAUCUCGAAGAAGUGAAGCCUUCGUCGCAGCUGCGACGCUCGAAAUCGGCUCGCCAGAAGGUGCCCAACGUGGUGGAAGUUGUGGAGGACCGAGACUGGUACGACAAGGCCGUGGCGUUCGAAACCAGCGAAUCCGAGGCGCCGCUCGAGCCUGAUACUUGCCCUGAAUGCCUGGAGGAACUGAUGCGUCGAAGACGUGCGCCGUACCGGGAGCCGGCCUACGUGAAGUCGGUCCACGUACCGGACGCCGGUCCACGUGAAUCGCCGGUCUACGUGAAAAAGGUACCCACCUCUAAACGACUGUGUUCGCGACGGUCGUCCUCGCCGCAGCGGACGUUGUCUCGUGGCCCAUCACCGUCACCUCGCUGUCCCACGUGCACGGCGUGCAAAUCAUGCGGCACGGUGCAGAGCGAUUCGAAACCUGUCACAACCAGAUCUCGGUCAAGAAAGUGGUACGAGUAACAGCGAACUGCAUUUGACGUCUGCAAGAUAAACAAGUGGUCAACACUUUGGGACAGCUAGUUAAGUUAGGUCGAUGUCCGUUGCCUCGCAGCUAGCAAAUUAAGGAAAAAAAAACACAUACGCUGUUAAGUGCGCAGCAAAUUGUGAGCGAACGGGUCUGCUGGAAAAUAUAAUUUUUGUCGGUGCAUGCACAAUUGUUCCGUGUUCUUUAAUCGAACUUGUUCUUGCUUUCCCGCGAAGUUUGAUUGCCUCACACGAUAUAUCCACAGGAUAUGCUAGUGAACAGGCUAUUUAAGAACGCUACUCGAAGCGUGUCUUGGCAACGUGCCGCGUAACAGGCAAUGUUCGAGUGUCAUGUGUACGCACAGUUUCCUUUAACUGCAUCCUGUCCCGUUUGCCCCUCAGUUCGGGUCAUAACUGUGGCGUUAUAGCUUUUUUUAGAGUGUCGUAUAGCUCUUGUGUCCUUGUCGAACCGCCACAUUUAAGGGGUGUGCUGUCAGCCAGUCAUAGCGUGACAGUGUCAAGUUAGGCGUAUCAGCUGACCGCACUUUGCAGGCGUUGUUUUCUUCUCCGCUGU